AUGGCGAUGAUGCUACUACGGACCCUGGCGUGCGCCGCUGCCGUCGCCAUGGCCCAGGCCGUAACAAUCGCCCCCGAGAACGAAAUCCCGUGGUGGAGCGAGAAGUCGGCCAUGCAAAUGUCCAUGUCGACGGCCGGCGGAGCCGUUCCACUGACCUUCAUCGUCAUGCCGUCUACGGAGAGAUUGGGUCUCAAUCAGACCGACAUCGUUCGCGGGGCUAUUCGGAUCGAGGGUACCAUGAUCCCCGCUACCUCUUCGAACUACAACACGAUCAACGGGGGCGAUGUCGCAUACCUCUCUUGCGACACUACCAACGGCAGCGGCUUUAUUGACCCGAACAUGAUGUUGGGUACCCUGAUGGAAAACAAACCGAAAGCAGUCGUGUUGUACAGCACCGUCGGAAAUUGGUGCAUGUUAUCAUCCGACACGGACCUACCCUAUUAUUCGAUAUUUACGAUGGCGGAUGCGGGAGACUCCCAGCAGGCCCUGCGCAUCCUGAACGGCACGAACGAGGCGGAUCAGAUUGCCGUCACCAUCACUGGAAAUGCGACAGCAAACACUGGCGAUGGGGGUAGUGGCGGAAGUGGUAACAAUUCGGCCGUCGCCAUGAGCAUUCUGUAUAGCAUUACGGGUCUCAUCACGCUGCUCUUCUUGAUCAUCAUUGCCACGGGCGCCGUACGAGCACACCGAUACCCGGAGAGAUAUGGCCCGAGGAACGGUUACAACGGCCGUCCUCGCCAGAGUCGUGCCAAGGGCCUCGCCCGUGCUGUCCUAGACACCCUGCCCAUUGUCAAGUUUGGUGAACGGCAAGAGGCGAAGCCGGAUCCCAAUAUGGAAUUGGAGAGCGCUACAAACUUUCCCACGACCGGCAGAAGCGUCGAGAGCCGGAGCGAGGAUAGGCAACUGGAUCCUGCCCCAGUCAACGCCAAGAACGCCGAGACGACGACGGCGACGACGGUAGAUAAUGGGCCAGCGAUCGCAACUGGCACCGUAGCUGGUGCUACUGCUGGUGCUGUCGCUGCCUCUGCUGCGAAUGCUACCAACACGGCCGGCUCCGGUAAUCAUGAAUCUAGCGAGCAGGAGGAUGAGAAUCUCGGCUGCUCUAUCUGCACGGAAGACUUCACUGUUGGCGAAGACGUGCGCGUAUUGCCUUGCAAUCAUAAGUUCCAUCCCAACUGCGUUGAUCCCUGGCUGGUUAACGUAUCGGGCACAUGCCCCUUGUGCCGCCUCGAUCUUCGCCCCCAGGGUGGUGCCGAGAAUGGCAGUGAUGAGCUCCCGCCGCCCCUUGAGUUGGAUGGGCACGAGAGCGAUGGGUCUUCUACCACGCAAGGGCGGAGGACACGGCUGUUCGACCUUAAUAGACUUAGAAAUGCUUCAGCGGAGGAGCGCAUCCAAGCCCUUCGACAAUACCGCACGCAACACCAAGAUCAAGGCGCACCAGCGGGCGCAACUGAUGUUGAGCAUGAGGAGAGGAAUGACAGGAGUCGUAGGGCCAGGUUGGCCGAUAAGUUGCGCGACAAGUUCCGGAUUCGAACUGGACCGCAGUCUUGA